GGGCGGAGCUGAGAGGGAGCUUUAAGGGGCGGACGGGCGGGAGGUCGGGGUCCUCCGGAGAUUAGAGCCGGUGGGCUCGCCGUGGGCGCCAUUUCUCGGCGUCUCCCGAGGAGUCGCCCCUUCCUCAGCCUUGCUCGGCUCUUCUCCCCUCUGGUCGCCGGGGCCGCGCCGUCCCCCCCUCAGUGACAAAAAUGCUGAGUUUCUUCCGUAGAACACUGGGGCGUCGGUCUAUGCGUAAACAUGCAGAAAAGGAACGGCUCCGAGAAGCACAACGCGCAGCCACACAUAUUCCUGCAGCUGGAGAUUCUAAAUCCAUCAUCACGUGUCGGGUGUCCCUUCUGGAUGGUACUGAUGUUAGUGUGGACUUGCCAAAAAAAGCCAAAGGACAAGAGCUGUUUGAUCAGAUUAUGUACCACCUGGACCUUAUUGAAAGCGACUAUUUUGGUCUGAGAUUUAUGGAUUCAGCACAAGUAGCACAUUGGUUAGAUGGUACAAAAAGCAUCAAAAAGCAAGUAAAAAUUGGUUCACCCUAUUGUCUGCAUCUUCGAGUUAAGUUUUAUUCCUCAGAACCAAAUAAUCUUCGUGAGGAGCUAACCCGGUAUUUAUUUGUUCUUCAGUUAAAACAAGAUAUUCUCAGUGGAAAAUUAGACUGUCCCUUUGAUACGGCAGUGCAAUUGGCAGCUUAUAAUCUGCAAGCUGAACUUGGUGACUAUGAUCUUGCUGAGCAUAGUCCUGAACUUGUCUCUGAGUUCAGGUUCGUGCCUAUUCAGACUGAAGAGAUGGAACUGGCUAUUUUUGAGAAAUGGAAGGAAUACAGAGGUCAAACACCAGCACAGGCUGAAACCAAUUAUCUGAAUAAAGCCAAAUGGCUAGAAAUGUAUGGGGUUGAUAUGCAUGUGGUCAAGGCUAGAGAUGGGAAUGACUAUAGUUUGGGACUAACACCAACAGGAGUCCUUGUUUUUGAAGGAGAUACCAAAAUUGGCUUAUUUUUUUGGCCGAAGAUAACCAGAUUGGAUUUUAAGAAGAAUAAAUUAACUUUGGUGGUUGUAGAAGAUGAUGAUCAGGGCAAAGAACAGGAGCAUACAUUUGUCUUUAGACUGGAUCAUCCGAAAGCAUGCAAACAUUUAUGGAAAUGUGCUGUGGAGCAUCAUGCCUUCUUCCGCCUUCGAGGCCCUGUCCAAAAGAGUUCUCAUCGAUCAGGAUUUAUUCGACUAGGAUCACGAUUUAGAUAUAGUGGGAAAACAGAGUAUCAGACCACAAAAACCAGUAAAGCAAGAAGAUCAACGUCCUUUGAAAGAAGGCCCAGCAAACGAUAUUCUAGACGAACUCUACAAAUGAAAGCGUGUGCUGCAAAACCUGAAGAACUUAGUGUUCACAAUAAUGUUUUGACCCAAAGUAAUGGCUCCCAACAGGCUUGGGGGAUGAGAUCUGCUCUGCUUGUGAGUCCUUCCAUUUCCUCUGCUCCUGUGCCAGUGGAGAUAGAGAAUCUGCCACAGAAUCCUGGAACAGACCAGCACGACAGGAAAUGCCUUCCUCUGAAUAUUGAUUUGCUGAAUAGCCCAGACUUAUUGGAAACAACGACUGGUGAUGUAAUUGGGGCAUCUGACACGAUGGAAACAUCCCAAGCACCAAAUGACAUUAAUGUAGCCACCAGGCUUCCUGGAUUAGGGGAACCUGAAAUUGAAUAUGAGACAUUAAAAGACGCCUCAGAGAAGCUCAAACAGCUUGAGAUGGAGAACAGUCCUUUGCUAUCCCCUCGAUCCAACAUCGAUGUUAACAUAAACAGCCAGGAAGAAGUGGUGAAGUUGACUGAGAAAUGCCUUAAUAAUGUCAUUGAGAGCCCAGGAUUGAAUGCCAUGAGAGUUCCUCCUGACUUCAAGAGUAACAUUUUGAAGGCUCAAGUAGAAGCAGUGCAUAAGGUUACAAAAGAAGAUAGCUUAUUAAGUCAUAAAAAUGCCCAUGUUCAGGAUGCUGCCACAAACAGUGCUGUGUUAAAUGAGAAUAAUGUGCCCCUCCCCAAACAGUCUCUUGAGACUCUGACGUAUAUCACACCUGCCGACAGUGGUUCUGUUCUAAAGGAGGCUACAGAUGAAUUGGAUGCCUUGCUUGCAUCUCUAACCGAGAAUCUGAUUGAUCACACAGUUGCACCUCAGGUGUCGUCCACAUCCAUGAUCACACCCCGGUGGAUUGUUCCGCAGAGUGGUGCCAUGUCUAAUGGACUUGCGGGAUGUGAAGUGCUUUCGGCAGGGAAGGAGGGAUAUGGUAAUAAAGAUGGAGUCUCACUGAUCUCUCCCCCAGCGCCCUUCUUGGUAGAUGCUGUGACCAGCUCUGCUCCCACUUUGGCAGAAGAAGCUGUCCUGAAGCAAAAAUGUUUACUGACCACUGAGCUCUAAGGGCCUGUAACUGGAAUACACAGUUCUCUCCAGCAUUCCGUCCUGGGAUCCAUUUCAGCUAGAAUAUGUUGGAUUCAGGAGCUUGUCCAUUACUUGUAGGUUAAAAAAAAGCUCCACGUAGAUUUGACUUCAACUCUGUAAAAAAGACAGCUGUAUUUUCCGUCCAACUGGAAAGGUUUAAUCACACUGCAUAGCUGCCCAAACGAGCGUGUUUGGUCUUUGACUUUCUAUACUUUUAUAAAUGUUAAAAAUUCCCGAAACAAGGGAAUGUCUUUUUCUGGGGUUUCCUUCAAACUCUUGGCUCCACCUAGCGGUUCUGUUUGUUCAUAACUUCGUAACAAGGCUGCUUCUGGUAGUCAACAGCCUUUUGAAAGCUAUUUCCAUCUAAUGCCAGGGUGAGCAUCCUUGAUCUGGCUGCCUGUUAGAGAAAUUGCACUUUUCCCUGACUUACUAGAAAUUGAGAAUUUAGGAAAUUAAUGUGGACACUAUAAAGGCAGACUUAGGGCCAACUUUUUUUUUUUACAAUUAUUACAAUACUAAAGAGAAGUUUAGAAUAUAGAGAGUUUUUAAAUGUCUCCCAUUCUUUUGAUUUCUUAUUGUACUGGCUAUGUUAAUAUUUCAAGUUUACAUCAAGAUAAACCCUGAGAACUACAGAGAAAUCAAAUAAAAUCCUGUCAUUUUUUUCAGCCUGCCUUUCCACAGGAAGCAGUCACAGGCACUGCACACGUAUCCCGUAACUUUUCAGUGGGGCGGGUUACUGUUCAAGAGACCCUGGGGCAUUUACCGCAGGCACCUGCACUCCUCCCUAAGUCCAGUGGGGAAUGCCGGCCGCUGUAGUCUCAGGUCUCGAAGGCGCAGCACAGCAGUACUCCACAUUGGUUCCUAUUUGGACAUAGACUUCAUUUCCUUUCAGUAUAAGCUGAAUAAAUUUAGAGCUUUCAAACUAGAAAAAAAAUAAAACAAAUAUGCCAGGACCAAAAUAGGGAAUAGGAACAGGGGUAAAGGGGUGUUGUUUCUUAAAUACGUACCAUGUAUGAAGCUAUACACAGCAUACUGAAAGAACCUGCAUUGCACUAGGAACUCUGUGUUCGUUUAAAAGAGAUCUCUAGAAUUCCCCCAUCCCUUUGGGCCUGUACAAAGAAAUUCUGGAUGUUAAUGUAUACUCCACACAGAAAAAUAAAGUAUGGCAAUGUCCAUCUGUAAUUCUAAGACCCAGAAAUAACACUAUUUAGCUUUAUAAUUUUCGAAUGAACAAGGUAAACCUCAGUUGCCGUGGGGAAGAAGGACGAUGUGGAAACCAUAUUGGUAAAGUUGUUAAUCCCUUGUUACGGAAAACCGAUCUUAAGCUAUACCUCCUGGAAUUUGCUUUCUAGUUUUCUGUCUUGCAAUAUGUAUAUAAUUAAGCACUAAUUUGUGCUGCUUAGCAUAAAAAACAUCCAGUCUUACCAUCUUUAAAACUUCAUGGAUCGGACUUUCCUGGGCUCCUGAUAACAUCAUCAUGUGUCCAGGCAAACACACACUGGUAUCUGACUGGAAAGCUCAGGAAUUUUAAUCUUGCACCGUUUCCCAGGGAGCUGUAGUGAUUGGAACCCACUUUUGCGCAAAACACUUCUGCAGAAGGAAAGUCAACACUUCUUGCUGGCUGCCUCCCCUUAGCCAUUAUGCUAAGCUUCUGAGUUUCACUGGUGGGGCUCUUGCCAGUUCUUAAUUAUAGGACAUAUUUUCUCAAAGCUGAAAGUGACACCUAGAACCAGGAUCUUGACCCAAGACAUGAUGGAAUGAGCAUCAGAUUUUCAGUGUCUUGGCAACCGUAGAUGUCCUGCAGGGUUACAGUUGUGCUGCUAGGCCACCACAGAGCAGCUGAGGCAUUAUGGCUUGGAAGACCUAAGUUUCUCAUCCAGUUCAGGAGGUGACAACAUUCUUGUUUUAAACUUCCUAAAAUUUAGGAAUUAGGUAGUUGGACAUAUUCUGUGACCUUAUGUCUUUGGAUACCCAUAUUCUUGACAGUUAGAAUAUUGAUAGGGACUUCGUUAAAAUUCACUUGAAUCUCAAGAGGAAAUUCUGUCUCAUGCCCUGACAAAGUGGUAAACACAGAAGUUAAUACUUGAGUGCUGAAUUGGCCCCGGCAGAUGAGAUGACGGUCAGGGAUUGGUUUCCUGUCAUAGCUGCUGCCGCCGCCAUGCCCAGAGCUGCUGUAACCACUCUUCCUGUUCUGCUCCCCCGAGAACAGUGUGGUGGGGAGAGGCAGGGCUGAGGAGGUCUGUGAAUGUGGCAGUAGGGAAGAGGAGAUGUCUGUCUCUUGAGAAGAGAGAAGCAUGUGUGAACCCAUCAAGGAUGCUGGCAAAGAGAGAGGUUGGAGAUGAUAGUGGACGAGAAGCAGGCUGGUGAGACUGGGCUGAGGUCAGAGAAGGGCAGCCGGGGCACUCCUGAGGGUUUGCUGUGUGCAGGCCUCAGAUCACGGCGGGGUGGCGGGGAGGAGAAGGGGCAGCCGGGGCACUCCUGAGGGUUUGCUGUGUGCAGGCCUCAGAUCACGGUGGGGUGGCGGGGAGGAGAAGGGGCAGCCUCCCUGAGGGGAGGGCAGACAGGAGAGGAACCUCAAGUCAGUCCAUUUCAUAGCCCUGGUGGGGGAAGUGGGAGUUGACAGGGCGGUUUAAAAUAAGAUGUGAAGGUUUCAGUUAUCUGCUCUAGACUUUGCCUGAGAACUUGUAAAUUAAUCAGUGAGACCUAAUUUGUGGCGUGUCAGUAGCAUCACCUUUUGACACACAGGAUGCCAUGGUCAUUUCAGUCCUACUUUUCAGGAGACACUGCUGAACAGAGGAAUGAUUCAGUUGCUUGUGUGCUUAUUUCCUUAACAUUUAUACAUUGUUUUAAGAAAAAAACUUUAAAAAUAUUUCUUAUAGUCUCCUAACAUUUGUCUCUAGCCUUUGCCUUUGCACAAUCACAGAUAUCCUAUGGAGAUUUAAGGAUGAAAGCCCUGAGUUGUUCUUAGGUUCUUGGAUCUGGACUGCUGGUUAUUUUAUGCUUCUCACUUCUGGCUAAAACUUGCACCUCUUCUUCUCUUAGCUAAGCCUCAAAAUGAAAAGUCCAUUAUUCCUUCAGAAGUCUUGCUAGCAGAAUUAUUUGUCAGUCACAGAGAGAAAAAUCCUUGCUAUUUUUCUGAGAGUCUUGAGAAGCAAAGUUUUUGUCUUUUCAUUGAGAGGAGUCAGCAGUCUUGUUCUGUAAAGGACCAGAGAUGGUCAAUACUGUCCCACUCAGCUCUGCCGGCACAGCACAGCAGCAGCAGCAGCAGCAGCAGCAGCAGCAGCAGCAGCAGCUCGAGCACAGCCAUGUUCCUGCAGAGUCUCCUUCACAAAGCUGCUGACCGCUCCUGUGAAACUCUAGAGCAGUAGAGUGGCUGCGUGAACCGGAGGCUGGCAGGUGCUCAGAUAGGGUCUGCAGUGUUACGUGUUACUUGGAGGCAGCCAACACUUCUGGACAUUGCACCUCAUUUACACAGGUGGCAGCUGAACGAGGUGCUGUUGUGGGUGUCUCAGCUCUCAGAGUCUUUGUGAGCUCCCACCAAGUUUUCAUUAAUCAUGCCCUUGGCCAUGUGGUUGCUUGGAAACCUGGGGUCUUCUGCGGACUGAAGAAUACACAUUUUUGUAUCAUUUGUCCUUUUUAUCCUCUCAAAAAUUUAAACAUUGUACUUCUUCAGCGGUCAGAAGAAAGUUGGAAACUCUUCCCACAUACUAGGCGUCAGGAUGAGGAAAUUUGUGUGAAUUAUAGAAAUUUGCCCUGAGCUGAACGUGGCUGCGUUAACGCAUUGGUAGGGCUGUGGUUCCUUCCCAGUUUUGAGAGACCGGAUCUGUGAGUCCCUAUGUCACCACAUGGCUUGAGAUGAUCAUUCAGUUACUCGUCAGGAUUUCUCCUCUUCAGAGAUUUUUUUUAUAGCACAGAUCCCUUUGCCCCUUUUAUCUCUUUAUCUGGAUAUGAUAGGUAGUUAUGAGGGUCUCACUAUUUUGUGUUUACCUUUUAUAUGUGUAAAACUUUGCAGUAGCAUUUAAAGUGUAAUUUAUUUUUCUAUCAAGUGCACUAUUCAUUUAGUGUGUUCGUUUUAUAUGACUUGUAUUAGAAACACUGCACUGAGCUGUUUGUACACUGAAAUGAGAACUCUAGAUGUAACUCCAUUGAAAUAAAACUCGUGAGACACUCA